CGCGAGGGGCGUAACCUUAUUGUGCAACCAACAAACUCCGCGCUCUCCAGCGCACCAGGGCGCAAAUGACACCAGCAGCAGCAGCGAUGGGAGAAGAUCUAUUCGGUGAGCCAACCGGCUUCUCGAUCCAGCAGCACGGACACAAGGAUAUGGUCGAGGCGUCUGCUUUUAACAGCUACGGCACGAGAUUUGCGCUGGGGUCCGCGGAUGGGAAAAUCAAGGUGUUUGAUCGGUUGAGGAAUGGGAGUUGGGGGCUUUGUGAUACGUGGGCGGCGCAUAAUGCGGAGGUUUUGGAGUUGCAUUGGUUGCCGCCGACUAUACAUCCGAAUAUGCUAGGCUCAAUAUCGACGGAUGGGAAGUUCAGGUUGUGGGCUGAAGAUCCUACGAUCCCUCCGCUUAAUGGGAGGAGGUUUAAUUCAAAAGCGAAUCGCCCGAUUUACGAAUUGCGAUCUGCGUCGAGAGCGCCGUUCCUCUCUUUCGAUGUGAAGCACAACCCGGAGCUGCGUCAUACAUUCCUAGCCCUGCUUGAUCGCGACGCCCUCUUGACGGUGUAUGAGAAUGACGAGCCGGAGAAUAUGACGAGCUGGACACAGAUCGAUCAAUUCCUCGUCUGCGAAAAGCCGGCUAGAGGAGAGGAGGUGGCGUUCAAAGUCUCCUUCGACCCUAAUCUCGAGCCGUCAUAUAAUGCCAUCCGCGAGGGUGUGCCGCGGGACUCCUUAUCGCUUAUUGUUGCUGGUAUGAACACAGCCCGGAUCUGGCGCACAAAGGUGAUCUCUCAUGAUGUGAGUUUAGGGUCGGGGAGCAGCAGGGAAUUUUAUCGCGCUGCGGAUUUGCCGGAUCAUAAAAGCUUGGUGAGGGAUGUUGCUUGGGCGGCUGGGAGUAUCAGGGGCUAUGAUAUAUGCGCUACUGUGUGUAAGGACGGGAUAGUAAGAGUGUUUGAGGUGCGGACGCCGCCUAAGGAGGGACAGGAGGCGACGGAUGCGCCGUAUGGGGCGUAUCCUUCUAAUAAGGGGGGGAAUCCUUCACGGAUGAGUGUUGAGCUAAAGAAUGGUCCAUCGGGGAUUGGGGCUGGUCUGGCUACUGUGAGGUCUGGUCCGGGUGGGAAUAGGCAGUCCGGGGGGGUAUCUCUGGCUGGUCAAGUUCCGCAUACCGUCAAGGAGAUGACGAAACUCGACGGCCAUCAUGGCCCUGUGUGGCGCUGCCAAUUCGACGAUGAUGGACAGAUGUUGGGGACGACUGGGGAUGAUGGGAAGCUCCUUUUAUGGAGAAGACAACCGAAUGGACAGUGGUGUUUGAAUGGAGAGCUUGCGAUGAAGAGGGAGCAUAGGCCUAUUGCUUAAUAUCGGCGAUGGGCCUUUGUUUAGGGGGUUAUACUAUACCCGCUUGCCUUUGUCUGGCAUGAGUGUCACAUAUUCUGCAAUGUUUCGGGAGGCGUUGGAGCGGAGUUUCGGGAUCUGAGGCCAUAAUAUUGUACACUUGAAGUUUAAUGGCUUAAUUAUAAUUGUGUAGAUACAGCAGGGAGCCAUAGGGCUAUAGGUUAGAAAGAUGAAAGAAGAUUUGUUG